AUGAAAUGUUUAGAAAAUAAACCAGCAUCAUUAUCUUAUUAAUUUCUAGAUAAAUUAGGUGAAGGGUAUACAUAAUAUUAAAUGCUUAAGUUCUUUUGGAUAUAUUUGGAAGGUUAAGCAAAUCUCAACUGGUCAGAUAUUUGCAUGUAAAUUAGUAAAAAAUACUAUGAAAAAAGAGAGGACUCUUCUUUAAAGAGAAAUAAAAAUAUUGUAAAUGUUAAAAGGAAAAAAGGGUAAUUUUUCAUUUAAUAACGAAAAGGAUUUACCCAAUUAAUUACAUCUGGUUAGGAUCUCAGAAAUACAUACUUCAUUAUGAAUUUACUUGGACAAAAUUUAGAAUAGAUAAGAAUGAAAUGUGUUAAUUUUGAUACUGCUUCUAUAUUGAAUACUGGAUAAUAGAUGAUUCAAUUAUUAAAAGAUUUACAUCAUUAAAAUAUAAUCCAUAGAGAUAUUAAACCUGAAAACUUUGUUGUUUUUGAGGAUAAAUUAUAUUUAAUUGAUUUCGGAUUAUCCAAAUUAUAUAUUUAAGAUGGAAAACAUAUAGAAUUCAAAGAGAACAAGGGAAUGAUUGGAACUGCAAGAUAUGCUUCUAUUAAUAGUUUAAAAGGCAAUGAAUAAUCAAGAAGAGAUGAUCUGGAAUCAGUAGGUUAUUUGUUAAUAUACUUAUAUAUGGGUACAUUGCCAUGGAAUAAUAUUGUAGCUGAUGACAAGACUACUAAAUAUUAUAAAAUACAAAGAAUGAAAGAAACAUUUAGACCAGAAACAUACAUUAAUCUCCCUCCUGAAUUACCAAAAUAUCUUGAAUAUGUAAGAAAAUUGAAAUUUGAUUCAUAACCAGAUUAUGAUUAUCUAUUAAGACUAUUUAAGAGAGGAGAUGAAAUAACUAUAACUCCUAAAUUGUAAAUUUAAUAAAACCAUAUAAUAACUAAAUCUAAUUUAGUGAAUAAAAAGAAAGUUGAAAAAACUCAAUGUUUGACUACACGAAAAUUGAUUAAUUAGAUUGAAACAACUAGUCAUCGGAUAACUUUUGAAGAACUUAGUUCAGAUGGAUCAGAUAUAAUGGAGGAAUUAGACAACAAUGAAAUAAUUUAAUUGAAAAAUCUAUCUGUAGGUAGAAAGUAACCAAAUAUUGUAAAUAAAAUGAACAAAGUUAGAAUGGGAUCAGACUAAAUAUUUGAAAUAGAAAAUAAAUUAAAGUAUUAGAAUCCUAUAUCAUUAAAAUAACUAUAAUGA